AUGCUUUACAAUGGAUUGUAAACUCGAGACACUCUAACGUGAAAGGGGAGCGGGGGCCGAGUCUGAGGAGUGGGUGAAUGGUUGACUAAAGGCCGAUAAAUAGGCAGCGUUUAUCUAUCUCGUUAUCAUGUUUGUGGGAUUUAGGGGGCGGGGGAGGCCGCGUGGCAGUUGUACAUACAAUCGAUUUGUGCUCAACGUUAAAAAAAAAAAGAAAGGCGCGCCGGAUGCUUUAUAUUGUGCACGGCUUGUAGACAUUAGCCCGCUCCUUGUGGCCUCUUGCAUGACGGCACACACAGGCGGUCGCCAGCCUUUCCCAUUCAUGUAACUGGAGGUCACUUGGCGACAGACCUAGCCAACCGCCAGCGAGGUCCAGCAUGUGUUGACUCAUUGCGCACCCGAACAAACUCCCACCGAUGAUCUGGUUCGAUUUGUUUUCGAACUGUAGAGGCCGCUCGCACGAAGCCGCACCUAUAUCCCACCCGCUGCUGCAGCGACAAAGGUGCGACUUUGCCUGAGUAGCUAGGAGAAGGAGGUGCGGCGAUGGUGCAUCUUUCGUGCAGAAAGGUCUGCCAGGGAUUUAAUGUGUUUGCUCGCAUUUGCGGCGUCGGUCUUUUGUUCCCAGCCUUUUUCUCUUCUUUUUUUUUUUUCUGCCAGAGCGUAAACCUGCGCGACACCGAGCUCUUCCCAGCUGGCGCGUGGAGCGAAGUCGACGCGCCGAACGAGCGAUGACCUGUAGACAGUUCAAGGACUGUCGGCGGAGGUUGCGGGAUUCUCUCUCUCUUGCACACACACACCCACACGUGCGCGCCAGAUAAGAGCAUUGUCGCAUCAGCGAACGGUCCGCUUUCAGACUCGAUCGGCUGGGUGUGCUUGGUAGCGAGUUGACGCGCAUUUUGCUCGUCAAGCCCACAGUUGUCAUGUGUCCAGCGGAAGGCAUAAUAAGGCGUGAAUGCGGUCGACCAUUCCGCUAAACGCACCCAAUUUUCAGGCCGUUUACAACGCUAUCUGAAAAGGCUGGUACAUUCUCAGUAGUUUUUGAUGUUAACCAAGGAGUGAGGCCUUCCAAUGGAAAGGAGAAUGGGUGAUACGGUGCCAUCUUCAGAUUUGGGGGUCCACUCAUUCAGCAUUUCUACCAGCACUGUAAAUGUCACCACAAAUGAAAACUUUCAACUCCAGUGUGACUACAUCAACACCAACUACAGCAUUGUUGCUGCCAUCCUUUGCAUUGCGUGUUUCAUAUUUGGUGUUUUGUACACAUUCUUUGGUUAUCGCUUUUUAAAAGCAGUGAUGUUCAUUACAGGAUUUAUCUUUGGCUCUGUGAUUUUGUACACUGUUUGCUAUGAGAAAAAACUUCUGCCACCAGAAGGAAACAUUGGUGUUGCUGUUGGAGCGGGAAUUCUUUGUGGACUUUUUGCAAUGCUUGUGCAGUAUGUAGGCUUGUUCCUGACAGGCUUCCACUUUGGUGUUGCUGUGGCAGCAUUCAUCCUCAUCAUUGUGGAACAAUUUGUACACCCUCCAGUCAUUUGGAUCCCUAUUGGCGUUGUGGUUGGAAUCGGGCUGGUUUUUGGCACACUCAGCCUGAAGUUUCAGAAAGCACUGACCAUUUUGGGUACCAGUGUGCUAGGUGGCGCUUUGAUGGUAACAUCGUUGGACUACUAUAUUGAACUGGCAGCCUUGAUGCAGUUUGUGUGGGACGCUAUCAAGGGCAACAUUCCUCAGUCACUGUGUUGGUACAGCUGGAUUAUUCUAGGCUGUUGGCCAUUUUGCUUCAUCGUUGGCAGCCUAGUGCAGUGGCGUGUUACCAGUAUGGGCAUCGACCACAGAGAUGUACUGCACAAUAGAAAAGGCGUUGAUCUGCAAAGACUUCGCAUGCGACAGAGACGGGAAGCACAGCAUACUCGAUAUCGCCACCUGUACCAAGUCCGUAGGGUUAAUGGGGAUGUCAUUUCACAAGGUUACAUUCAGAGCAUCCAGCAUAAGCUUUCUCCAGCUACACAGAGUCUUACUGCGAUGAGCACAGACCCUUCUGCCACAGAGCUGGAGAGUGCCACAACCACUCUAACUCAAGUGCCCUGAUGUGCAAUUAUCAGUGUCUAUUGGCUUUCAUGCUCAGAGGGUUAAACAUUGCCAGGUUCACAGUGAUUCUGCAGGGGUUAACUACAACACAGCUUGUGAGUUAGAACUUCUGUAAGCAUGAUACAGAGGGAUUAUUUUAUUUCCCGUUGUCAUGCUGUUUGACUUGAGAUUUUCUUCUUGCACACGUGGCUAAUCUGCAUUCCAAUCCUCUAUUUUUUCAAACCAAUCCUCAAAUACUCAGGAUCUGGAAAAGAGUGGAAGACAUGUGAUUUAAAGCAGAUGGGGAUGUGAUGGAUUGUGUAUUUUCAGUUUAGGUACUUGCCAAGAAGGAAGCUCUCUACAGCCUGGCUGCCAACCUCAAGGCAGUCGUUGCUUUCAACAAUUUUUUUUUUUUUUUAACAUGUAAAACCCAAAGUGACAUUGCCAUGAUGUGUUUUUGUUGCUGACAAUGUAUUUGCAGUGUGUUCAAAAAGUGGGGUUCCCUCAAAAAGGGUUUUCGGAAAGGUUUAUGUGUUUUGAGCACACCAAUUUGUACUGAAGUUUAUUUUGACUCAUUGACUGAGUUUUACUUCAGAUGUGUAAAUGCAAGUGACUUGUAUAAGAAAUGCUGGCUGUGUGCACUGAAUGACUUUUUGUGUUACAUUAUUUCUAUUGCAAUAGGCAUUAUAUACAGUAGAAUGGAGUCUUACCCCAACAUCCCUGUGUUGUGAUGUCCUCAUUGUAAUAAGAAAUCUGAAGCAUUAUAAAAUCAGGCUUGUGAGAGGCAUUUAAAACAUGCCAUUUCACUUGAGCUUAUUUAAGAACUGUUGUAGAUCCCAACUUUAAAUAUUUAAGUACAACUACAAGUCUACAAAUUUUGCCAACCUGUUUAUAACUUUACAUAUUUGAGAGUGCAAAUCUGUGAUGACUUCUGUGUCCAUGUUUCACUGCUUUUGCCCUGCCUUGCUCUGUGUAGACUGGGCUGUAAUUCACCUCUUUUUAUUCUUUUAUUCUGUAGUUAAUGAGUGUUGUAAGGAAGCAGUAUUUCCAUAACAAAUGUGUGGAAUAUUCCUUGAGGUUGCCUCUAUGAACUCUUAACUAGUGAUGUGGUCAUUUGGCUAGGAUGAUCAAGUACAAAAUUAAAUACUUAUUGGCGUUUCAAAGAUUGUGUUGGCUUAAAUGAUGCGUGCAUCAUCCUCAAUACAAACAUCUUUACUUCAUCAAUAUUAUGAAAAUAAUGUUAAAUAUUGAUCUGCACAUUCAUAUGUUUUUGACAGCAGACGUGGUGCUUGGAUGGGGACAUAUGCACUGAGUUAAACAUAUGUAUAUCUCUAUGUAGCUUGAAGUUCUUACUAUACUUUAUGGAUUCCUUAUUUUUUUAGACCAUGUAGAUUCAUGUUUGAAAGAUUAAAAGUAGCAGUUAUUCUGUCAUAAGGGAGGGGCUGAUUUUGGAGCCCUUUUUAGAAUGGUACUUCUGAAAUCGGAAAGCGAUUUUAUUCUUUCUGCAACUUCUGUAUCACUGUGACUGCCAUCCACAAUCAUGUAAUUUGAAUGGACUUUGGGAGAUCAUUUUAGGAAUUUAUUCCUUUGUUAAGAACAUAAGUUAGUAUAGAAAUAUAUUUUCAUAAAAUGUGAGCUUAAAAUUUUUUUUAUGUAAGGCAGGUAAUGUUGAUUAUCAUAGUGUGGAAGAAUUGUGGGCAGUGCAAGACCUCAGCUUUUUUUUUUUAAGGAUCCUUAAAGCCUGUCAUAAAGAUGGUGACAUUGUUAGUUGAGCAAACUGAUGUCAGUAGAGAAAGAUUUUGAUGUAUCUCUAUGAACAUAUAGACAGUUUUGAAAUGGUGAAGGCAAUACAGUGUUCGAUAGAGACAGUGGAAAUUUAUCUAAUUUCUUGAACAUGAAGUGUUGAACGCUUUGUAAUGCAGAAAAAAAUGAAUCUGCAUUCAGAAACACUGGAUUGCCAGAAAGCAUCUUGAAAAAUAAUCCAUCAGUAUUAGGAGUCUUAGCAACAAUGUGUGUGAACUAAAACCUUAAGGUUUUGCUUAGGGAUUGGACAAAGGGGCACACAACACAUGAUGCCUGGUGCUAAAUGUAGAACUCAUUUGUAGUUUAGGGUAGUUGAUGCUUUCUUCCCUUCCUCUCUCCCAACCCUCCUUAUCACAAGAAGUGUCUGCAACUCCAUAUGAUGGGGACUAUGUUCCUUAGUUCACAUGUGUGUUCUUUUUUCUUUGUUAGCUUUACAUUAAUUGCUAAUGACUGAGUAAUGGAAACUUUUAUGUCUUUGAAAUGUUUCUUUGUUUUAAUUUGCAAUAUUAGGAGAUUCUAAAUGUAGAUACUAACAUAUACUAAAAUAUAGGUUGAUAGCAUCUGAUUUCUUUUGUCUUUCUGCGCUUGGUUCUCCUUUGUGUGUUAGGAUGCUGCUCUUUGUUUUCCUGUGUGAACAUAGAGGUAAAAAUAGAGUGGGGGGGGGGAGCUGAAAAUAAAGAAUUCUGUAUGCAUCAUUCAUUUUCAUCUUAUUUUUGAAAACUACAAUCUUCUGAACUGUGAAGCUUUAUCAUCUUUAUUUACUCUCCAAAAAGUGAUGAAAAGACACACACAUGAAAUUUUGAACAAAAAUGUCAGAGGUGCUUUUGACAUAACUAAACUAGCAUCUACGUAUACAGAAGCCAAAACAUCUUGAUUUGAUGGCCUUUAAGAGUAAUAAUUCUUCAUAACACAAUGGACCCCCUCUAUCGGAACAUGAAGAUUAUUAACAAAAGUGAGGAUUGAGUUAUGUUCAAUUAGGAUGAUACCGUGCUAAUGGGAGGAUGUGCAGAGAACAUUGUUUAUAUUUAAAUGCUGUCAUUGUUGUACUGAAAAUACAGGGCUUAGAUCAUAAACAAGCUCCCCAUAAAAAGCUUACAUGCAUUGAUAGUUUUCAGAGGCAGUUAGCUCAUUAAAGUUGUAGAUUUAAGAGACUGGUCAUUAACUUUGCACAGUACCAGCUGAUUACAUUUAUGAGGGAAUUGGGUUGUAUGUUAGUGCUGUAGUCACAGGAAAUACUUUUUAUUGUCAUUUUUUGCAACUGGACUAGUUGGCAUUUAUAGACAGUAAUGCAGGCAUUCUGUUAGUGGGUUUCUUGAUGAGUUUAUGACAGAAGCAUUGACAGUUUGUCAUCUAGAUAGUUCCAACUCAAUAGUCAAAGUGAUAAUGAUUUAGCUGCCAUUUUUAGCACAAAAUUCUGCUCAAAUUAUUUUUGAAAAGUCACAAUUCAAGGGCAUGAUGUUGGUAUGCUUAUUGCUAUUAUUCACUUGGCUGAAAUUUUUUCAAUGCUUUGCCAAGCACAGUUAAUUUUUUUUCACUGGGGAUUUUUAAUGAUGAGGCAGGCAGUGAAACACUGUGUUAUCUGUAUUUGCAUGCAUUUAUGCAUGCUUGUACAUCCUUCAAUAUCCAUUCGUGCACAUGCAGACAGUUGGCAGAUAAUUGUUCAUGCAUAGGCUGUAGGGAAAUGACCAUUAAAAAAAAAAAUCAGUAUUCAGACAUUUAACAAACAUAAUUGAUGUAUGAUAUAUUUGUAGAAAUAUUUUAUAUGGGUACAAGUGGCUGGAAGAGUAGGUGAAUAUGUAUACAAACAUGUCUAUACUUGCAUGCAUACAUAUAUAUGUAUCUGCAUGCAAAUACAUAUGUACAGAAAGGAACACAUCAGUGAUUUUAUCUGUGUUCCUGUGUGUGUUGGCAUUGGCAGCAUUUGAGAUUAUAGUCAGGUUCACUGAAAUAUCCAACAAUGGUACAAUUUCUCCUGUGUGUUUUAAUAAAAUUUCUGACUGCAACAUCUUUGAAUUUUGGAAGCAAAACUAUAUGCAAUGAGCCAUUCACAUAUAAACAGUAAUCAAUUGACAAAUCUUGCAGUUCACUGUGAUGCAUUCAUGACCACUAUUUUCCCAUUCUAAACACUGGUCUGACCUGUUUUUUCUUGGUUUUCUUUUAACUUCCAUGUUUCUUACACCCUCCCUCUUUUUGACCUUUUCUCAGCUCUCUCUCUCUCUGUUUCAUGCAAGUCAGAAUUCAGUGACUGCUAGUGUUUUUACAUCUAAAAUCCUGCUUUUAAUCAAACAUCUGUUUUUUGAUGAAUGGAAAACAUUUUUUUUUUACCUUCUCCCAGUCUAUGACACCUCAUAGUGAACUAAGUCAUGUGUUUGAAUGUUGAGCUUCUAUUACAUUUGCAGCCUCAAGUAAUUCGUUUCACAAAUUAUUUUGAAUCCAAGUAUUUUUUGCAAAAGGUAUAGCAGUUUCUUAAGCCAGAAGUUUGUCAUUUUACUCACUAUUAAAUAUUGCAAAAGACUUUAAACUGGCAGGUACUUCAAGCUAGAUCAUGUUUCCACACAAACAUUGUACUAAAUGGGAUACAUCUGCAUCCUUUUCCAUCCUGUUUCAAGGAACCAUGUAGAGUAGUGCAUGUUGUUAUUUUUCUUGGCUAGUCCUGCUUAUUGCUUCAUGGGUCACUUUUGUGGCAUUUAGGUGGCCACUUUUUUUUUUAACAAAGAGUGUAAAACUUGUGUCAUCCCUGAUACAUGAGAGCUUUUGUUCUUGUACAUUAUAUUUUUGAGAGCAGGCUGUUUUAUUAUAUUCUUUGUUUUCAUUUUGCAACAUUUACCAGACAGCACUGAUCUUUAAACUGCCACAGAUUUCAAAGUAGAUCAUGUCUCCAAGUUAAUGUUUGCAUCCUCUUUUAGUUCUUUUGUUAGAAUCAUAAGCAUCCCCAUGUUGUGUAUUAAAGGGAUGGUUUGGCUUUCAUGGAGGUGUCCUCAAUGGACAGACUGGUAUAAUGUACUCUGCAGCUAAAGUAACUAUAGCUCUUCAUGUUGUCUUCCAGUCUUGUAUCUUUGCUUAUGUCUUUCAAGAGAUUUAUUAAAACUGAGGCAUCCCUUUUGUGCUGUCUUUACAAAAUGUAAAAGCAUGUUUGGAUAAACUAUUUAAUAUUUUAAAAGGCAAAACAAAACAAAAAAAUGAAAACAAAAUAGGAACCCAUGGUCAGAAUUAGAAUUGCUAUACAAAAAAAAAAUAGCCAAGAUGUGUUGGCGUGCUGGGCUGCUCCACCCUCUUGUUCAUGAUGAAUUCCAUAGCCAGUGACAAGGGGAAUAAAUGAAUCUCUUGAAAGUCUUAAAACUUUUGGUGGUGAAAGCUGGUGUUGGGGGGGGGGGGAGGACUAUAAGAGAUGUUUAAAGGCUGUUGGGCAUAUUGUUAUCAGCUAGGGAUUUUUAAGGUGUUCAUCAGAAAUAUUUAAGAGGGGUGGUGUUUAAUUUUCUUUAAGAGCUUAACUGAUAAAAGCAGGCUGUAACUUGUGUCUGGUCUCUUAAGUUUUUUUAAUGAUUUACUUUACAGUCAAAGUAUGGAAGGAAAGAAGACCGUCAUCUGAAAGUAUAUGCAAAUUGGAAAAUCUCUCUUUACAAGAAAUUUAACACCAGUUUACACUAGGCGUGUAAGAUGUCAGGGAAAAAGUGUGGAUGAUGAGGAAGUAUAUAUUUUAAGGCAAACACUGCAAUAUAUUCUAGUCAGUUGCCAUUUAGAGGGGCUUACCAAUAAAUGUUCAUUUUCAUUUUCUGCACUCAAACGUUAAAGGUAGAGAGUUAAAAAGUUUUCGAUCAUGACGUUCAAUAAAAUUGUUCAUAAA